CUUUAGCAGAAUCGUCACACUGCGGCGGCUGCGAUCUCCGGCAGGCAGUAGACCUUUUGCUCUCUUCCGGCGAAUACUUCCUUAAGAAGAAGAGUUUCCCACUAGGGUUUUGCUCCUUCAGUUCUCCCAACAUGAUUUUUCGGCUUGGAAUCUCCUUUCAAGAUUUGGUCUUCAUCUGCUUCCUCCUUCUGUUCACCUUUCUUCGCCGAUCGGAAUCCUCGUGCCGGAGUAGCUGCGACCUCGCUCUCGGCUCAUAUUAUGUCACGUCGGAAGCCUCAAACCUCACAUACGUCGCCAACUUCUUCAACCAAAAGCCGAAGGAGGUGCUGUCUUACAACUCUCUUAGCAGCCAGGACAGCAUCAUAAGCGGCACUCGAAUCAACAUCGGUUUCCCUUGCGAAUGCAUUUCCGGCGAUUUCCUUGGCCGGAACUUCUCCUAUACCGCGCAGUCUGGCGACACUUACGACAUCAUCGCCUCUAACUAUUACGCAAAUCUUACCAACGCCGUAUGGCUCGCGGCCACCAACAGCUACCCUUCAAGCAAUAUCCAGAUCGGGGACGUUAUCAAUGUAAUUAUCAAUUGUUCUUGUGGGGAUCCAGCGGUGUCGAUGGAUUACGGCCUGUUCGAGACCUAUCCGCUUCGGGCCGGGCAAACCCUUGAUUCCGUGGCAGCGGCGUUCAAUCUGUCCUCGCAGAAGAGCUUGAUUCAGCAAUACAAUCCCGGGAAAGAUUUCAGCGCUGGGUCUGGGAUAGUUUUCGUUCCUGCAAAAGAUCCAAGUGGAAACUAUCGCCCACUUUCACCCAGCCAAAAUGGAUUAUCUGGUGGAGCUAUUGCUGGAAUUUGUGUGGGUGUCGUUGUAGUCCUACUGAUGGUUGUGUUGUUCUUAUAUUUUCGAGUUUGUGGGAAGAAGGCAAAGAAGACUUUGCUCCCGGCAAUAUCUGACCAUCACACCACUCCCCUGAGACAUGCUACCUCAGAUAAAAACACCACAGUAGCUUCUCAAGGAGGCAGUAUUGCUGCAGCCACAGGCCACAGUGUGGAAAAAUCAGUAGAAUUCUCUCUUGAAGAACUUGCUAAGGCUACAAAUGACUUCAGUAUGGCUAACAAAAUUGGACAAGGCGGCUUUGCAUCUGUUUAUUAUGCUGAGCUUAGAGGAGAGAAAGCUGCUAUUAAGAAGAUGGAAAUGGAAGCAUCUAGAGAAUUUCUUGCUGAACUUAAAGUUCUAACACAUGUUCAUCACCUAAACUUGGUUCGACUAAUAGGUUAUUGCGUUGAAGGCUCCUUAUUUGUUGUGUACGAAUUUAUUGAAAAUGGUAACUUAAGCCAGCAUUUGCGCGGAUCAGGUAGGGAUCCUCUUCCGUGGUUGAGUAGAGUGCAGAUUGCACUUGAUUCCGCAAGGGGUCUAGAGUAUAUCCAUGAGCAUACAGUGCCAGUUUAUAUUCAUCGUGAUAUCAAAUCGGCAAAUAUUUUGAUUGACAAUAAUCUUCGUGCAAAGGUUGCGGAUUUUGGGUUGACCAAACUUGCUGAAGUUGGUGGUGCAACCUUACAGACCCGUCUUGUUGGAACAUUUGGUUACAUGCCUCCUGAAUAUGCUCAGCUGGGUGAGGUUUCUCCUAAAGUUGAUGUGUAUGCCUUUGGCGUUGUUUUGCUUGAACUUAUUUCUGCGAAAGAAGCUAUUGUGAAGUCAGGAUCUGCGUCGGAAUCAACUGGAUUGGUUUCUUUGUUUGAGGAAGCCCUUAGCCAACCUGAUGCAAGAGAACAACUGAGGAAACUAGUUGAUCCUAGGCUUGGAGUUGAUUACCCUAUUGACUCCGUACUCAAGCUGUCUCAACUAGCAAUGGCCUGUACUCAAGAGAAUCCCCAUCUGAGACCCAGCAUGCGGUCCAUUGUUGUUGCCCUGAUGACCUUAUCUUCUUCUACUGAUGAAUGGGAUCUCGGCGCCUUAUAUGCCAACCAAUCCAUGCUUAAUCUCAUGUCUGGAAGGUAGCAGAACCACAAAAUUUAAGCUCUUUUGCAUUGCUCAGAAAAUAUUUGCAAUCAUUUUUUUUCAUAGUUGUAUUAUGUCUUAAGAGUGAAAAGGGAGAAUAGCAUCCCAUUCUGUGCAUUUUUACAAGUAUUUAUAUGUACAAUUUGUGCUUCGGCGCCCAGAAAGGGCAAAUAGUUUGUAUAUUUGUAGAAAGAUCCUUGUUAGCUUGGAAUCUGUAACCAUUUGUGCUGAUUUAUGUUAAUUAAUCAGUUAAAAGUUUCUUUUGGCUGUAAAAAGAAUUUCUGCCAUAAUGAUACCGUCAUAUAUUAUA